AUGACUAAUGUUGGAACAAUUUAUGCAACAUCUGAGAAUACGAUUUCAACCCCUCCACUUACAGUCUCUAGUGAAAUGCCACCUCCUCACACUAAGAAACGAAAGAAUCAUUCAGAGGCUUGGAAUCAUUUCAUUGUAUCGUCGAAAAAAGAACAAAAAGCUUCGUGCAAAUACUAUGACACAAAAAUUAAGUAUAGUAACAUAACUCUUGGAAUCAUUUCAUUGUAUCGUCGAAAGAAGAACAAAAAGCUUCGUGCAAAUAUUAUGACACAAAAAUUAAGUAUAGUAACAGAACUAGUUCCAUGCAUGCUCAUUUAUCGAGAUGCCUCGUUUACAAGAGGCAAAGGACAUCGUCUUUUAUGA